UCCUGCAGCGGCGGACGGACUCUCGGUGCUCCGGGCUGCAAGAGCGACAUGUGAGGAGCCGCAGCACAAACAACACCCCUCUCUGUGGUUCUGGGACUGAAAAGACCGACUGUCAAGCGCACAUACCGGCUGUAAGCCAUCCAGGAGCAACUUUGCCACAGUCUCCGCUUUGUUUUGGGUGCAGAUCUUCAGUCAGCAUCUUCCUGCUUCUGCAGCAUCUUCAGGAUCUCAGCAUCAAACGUGAUCCACACAUGCACGAUCUGAUUGCAUCAGUGUGAUGGACUGAAGAUGCGAGGAGGAAGAGGGGCCAAGGAGGGGGGAGGUCUGCUUGAGGUUUACCUUCCUUGAAGCUGUGUGUAUAACUGGAUUUUAAUGAAGACCAAGGGAAACCUUUACAGUGCACCUUGUGCUUGAGAGGUAUUACACUUCUCUGCAGCCUCACCUGCUGUGGUUUUGUUCCCUCUUGGAUGCAGCAUGGCUCGUUCCCAGGACCAGCUGUCAGACUGGAGCUCUGUUCAGUCCAGCUUCUCCCCAUUGAUGCAGUUUUCCGGCUCUGAGAAAAAACUUAACCACACCUACAGCUUCCACAGCGCUCCUAUGCUGCCAUCUACUAUUAGCUCUCCGACUGCCUCUCUCCAUCAGCCUCUGCCCUCUCCGCUGCCCUCCACCCUUGUUCCAUAUUCCUCCCUAUUCUUCCCUUUUUUUGCCACCACCUCCUCCUCCUCAGCCUUUAGGCAACCGUCCUCCUCCUCCUUUCCUUUGUCUCUUUCCAACUUUUCUUCUAAUGAUUUGGCAUACCUGGAGAGCAUGCUGCUCUGGACCAUCCAUGAACCCAGCACCAUUGCUCUGACCAUCAUGUACUGUCUGUCCUUUAUUUUGGGGUUCACUGGGAAUUUAAUGUCCCUACGAGUCCUAACCAGCAGGCACAGUCGGCGGCUAGCAGGCGUUAGUGCUACACGCAAUCUGCUGGUGAACCUGGCAGUGUGUGACCUGGCUGUGGUGUGCGUGUGCAUGCCCAUCACCCUGGGGAACCAAAUCUACACCGCCUGGGUCUACGGUGACCUCCUGUGUCGAGCUGUGCCCUUCACACAGGCCAUCUCAGUCUCAGCCAGCGUGCUAACGCUGACGGUGAUCAGCGUGAAUCGUUACUACAGUGUCCGAUCUCCACUGCGAGCUCGCUCCAUGUUUACCCGCCGCCGGAUCUUGGCAACUGUUGCUGUGGUGUGGAUGGUGUCCUCGAUGAUGUGCGCUCCUAUUGCAGUGAUGAACCGGCGGCGAGAGAUCAGCUUUGAGACAUUCACCAUCUUGGUCUGUCAGGAAACAUGGCCUCAGCAUCGGCUCAAACAGGGAUACAAUGUGCUGUUGUUUGUGAUGCUCUACUGUUUGCCAGUCACCUUUAACCUCACCAUUGGGUUCCUGACCGGCAGACGACUUUGGGGAGGGAAGAAAUCCACUUUUGCUGAUCUUGAUCCUCGCAGCCAAGCUCUUCACGCAUCUCGCUUAAAGACGCGUCAGAAGAUCGCCAAGAUGGUGGUGUGUCUGGUGCUUUUGUUCGCAGUGUCCUGGUUGCCACUUUACUUGACUGACCUUUGGAUCGACUGCGAACAGACACCGUCAUCGUGGCUCCUGCAGGCAAGGCCAUUUGCUCAGUGGCUCGGCCUGACAAACUCCAGCCUUAACCCCAUCUGUUACUGUUUCAUUGGGGAUCUGUACCGCUCAGCGAAGGUCAUACGGACGCGGUACUACGAGAAAGUUGCUUCUCUCUUCAGCACCUCCUCAUUCACCAAUUCAGCUGCAGCGGUGUCUCCUGCUGCAGUGAUUACAGACACCAAAGUCCUUUCUGCUGAGCGACACCAUAUUGCAGCUGCUGUGGCGGCGUCUGCAUCAAUGGUUACGAUCCCCAGGCUGCUGGGCUUGGCUAGAGGCCAGGGACUGGGGCAGAAGGUCGGAGAUAGUUCAGACAGCCAAGCAGGAUCGGACCACAGUAUCUCAGACUGGUGUCGGUCCAGUCCCAGUGCGUGUGACAGCUCUUUGUUGCCCUGCCAGCUCAGCAAAUUCCAGCACUCCAUACAAAGAGAAGAUUUCCUGCCAACGAGAAGACACUCCGUGAUUGCUGGAUCAUUACCUUUAGGAAUGGAACCUGUGGAAAUAGACGUGCUACCUCCGAGGAGGCAUUCAGGCGACAGAAUAUAUGGCCUGUCAGCUGAUAAGAGAGAAAUCAUUACCAUGAGCAGAGACACUUUCUGUUACACUGGGCAUUGCAGAGGCAAAAUUUCACAAACCUACUCUCUGGUGGGGGACACGGAGGAUGAAACAACCAACAUCACCAGUCUAUGAAAACUGCAGAUUAUCUGAUGUAUUGGAAGGGAGGAAUUUCUUCUUUUUGUCCUGCAGGCAGUACAAACACACAUAGCUAAAGAUUCACAGUUUGCCACUGACAGUGUGGAUUAAUUCCUUGUAAAAGCCAUUGUUUGUCUUGAGGAUAAACCAACCUGGUCUAUGCUUUCCUUCUCUCUGUGUGUAGUAGACUGUCUUUAUUAGUUAAAGCACAAGUCAUCCUGGACUGUUCACACAGAUGAGCUCAGGUUUCGGAUGGCAGGCGGAGGGAGCAUUGAUGGAAUGAACACUGCAGGGGAACAGUUGGAGGGUUAUUUAGCUCCGGGCUAGAAAGACAGUUAUCAGUAAGAGGGAUGGAUUGCAGCAGUGUGCCAAUACAUGCAAAUCAUAUCACAGUCACAGCUGUUUUGAUCAUCUGCUGAAGACAGUAUCCCAGCAGGGUGUAGUGUGUGAUGAUUUUUUUGUGUAGGUCUUUUUUUUUUAAAUUUCUUAGUGCGUUGCUCGUGUUUCUGAUUGUAUUUGUUGCUCAUAGUAAAGGUCAAACGCUUUGUUGCAAUGCAAUGCAAUGCGUGAACAUAAAAACUGUCUAACAGGUUUUCACACAUUGCCAUGAAUGUCUGCUUUGCAAUUUGCAAAAAGAUUUGAAGCAUAUAUGAAUAUAAUCUUUCUGCAUAUAUAUUAUAUUAAUAUAAAUCAGUGCUUUAUUCUACCAGAAUUUAAAGACAACCAGCUGACCUGUGUGGGCAAGGAACAGAGAUGUAUGAGAGCCUUUCUAUUUGAGAUGACACUCAGAGCUCCUUUAUAUACAGUAUCUAUAGGAAAAUAGGCCCUGAGAAAGCAGAUCCUUAUACAGUAUAUCCCCACCCACAAACGCGAGUUUCUUUUAGUUAAGACAUAAGCCUAGUUUCAGAAUCAAUUUCUUCUUCAGUUUUCAUACAUGUUGUUGAAUGUGAAGCUGAAAAGAUAAUAAUUCAUCAAGAAUAAACCCUUUAUAUUUUUUACAUUUACACAUGGUCAGUAAGUUUGCCUUGAUUUGUAACAACAAAAAAGAGAUUUGUUAGUUUUUUCUUUGAAUCUGUAAAUAGCUUAACUUCACUCUAAAAGUCAAGCUUUAAGUGUGCAAAGUUAUAUGGACAGUGUCAGUGGAAAGUUCAAACUGGGGUUGGUCUAAAUUUGCAUGAAUGCUGGUCAGUAAACACCAGUGUCAUCUGCAUAAAAGUGAACAUUUAUAUCAGGAGAAUAUUAACCAAGAGAAUUCAUUUAAGUACACAGCUGUGUUUUGAGUUUUGUUCCUUGGGGUACACCAUCUGAUGCUGUACAGAAUGGAGAAGUGCGACUGCUGGCAUGUACACAUGACACUUAAUUGAACUUAAUUACUACAUAAUCAACAAUAUGAAAGGCUUUGGAAAUACCACGGAUGUUAUUAUACUACUAUUUGACCUGUUUGGAAUCUACUUUGAGAACAUGUUUCAUACAUGCGGAAUAGACUUGCAUUUAUGUGAAUGUGCACUACUGCUGCACAUGCUCAUCCCUUACCUUUAAGUCUGUGGUGUUCCUGUGAAGCCCAAAAUUUGCGUACAGUCGAUAGUCCACACGGCAACUACACUACUAGGGCAGUUGUGUGCAAGAUGUAAUGAAGGUUUUGGGCAGAUCCUUGCAUACGCUCUCGGAUGAAAGAAUCUCUUGGACCCCAGCAGAUCACUGUUCCGCACUCACAGAUGCAGAUACUCUUCCUUCGGUCUAAUAGUUACUCCUCUAACAACAACAACAAAAAGAUUACCCAACAGGUAAGUGUGGAGGAUGUGGAGAAUGACGAGUUAAACUGGAAUAAGUGUUUGAAUAAGACAGAAGAGAAGAACGAGUGCUCAUUGAAAGGUUGAAAGAUCAAAAUUUCAGAAUUUUCUUUUUAGAAUUUGUUGAAUUUUUGUAUAUUUUAUUAGUAAAAUGCUCUGUUUUAGUCUUCUUUAUUGCAAAUGUGGGUAUAUUGUGUGACUUCUUAAAAUGCAUUUUCGCUAUGUGAAAUCUGUGACACAGAAGCUGUCAAACAGUUCAUUUGCAGGGAAUGUGAUGUUAAAUGUUAAACUGGAAUAGGUGUUUGGAUAAGACAGAAGAGAAGAAGGCGUGCUCAUUGAAAAGUUGAAAAAUCUAAAUUUCAGAUUUUUCUUUUUAGAAUUUGUUGAAUUUUUGUAUAUUUUAUUAGUAAAAAUGCUCUGCUUUAGUCUUCUUUAUUGCAAAUGUGGGUCUAUUGUGUGACUUCUUAAAAUGCAUUUUAGCUAUGUGAAAUCUGUGACACAGAAGCUGUCAAACAGUUCAUUUGCAGGGAAUGUGAGAUAUACUGUAUAUGAAGCAGAAAAUGAAACGUUCAGUAAAUACUUUGGAUUUGCACUUCAUCGCUCUGUGGCACUUCUCUUACAACUUUUCAGAUAGUUGUAAGAGAAUAUAUAUGUUAUAAAGUUAGACAAGGUCAUUUAAACUAAACCAUCAAAAGUAAGACUUUUAAGGCCAGUUCAUCCAAAUCACACAAGAAACAUAUUUUUCUGUAAGUCUAAAGGAAGUUUUGGUGUAAUUUAAACAGAAAUAUGGUGUUUACAAUCUUUGUCCUCCAAACAGCUCAGAGAAAUCAAUGAUGACAACGGCUGUAUUUGAGUCAUUAAAAAUAAUCAAUUGAACUCCAUCAGCAAUUUUUUCUCAACUGUUUCUUCAGUGGGAAGUAAUUUUAAUAGGGGUGAAAAUGAAACUUGAUUCACCUAACAUAUAUUGUAGUAGUGGCAGAAAUCUCUAAGGGAUAUCUUGAACUGGUUAAUCUCAAAUAAUCUGUAUAUGAAGAUACCACUUAUGGCAAGAGAGGAAAUGUGUUUCUGCAGUUUGGUUGUCGUGACACAAUAACUGUACAGUGAGCAGCUACAGCAGAACACGAGAACAUAAUUUGAUAGCAGGAGUGUUUUGGACCAACCAGAGGUACUGCCUGUUUAACCAGCACAAGCCUUUUUGAAUAAAAGACAAACAGUUUGCCAAAAUAGCUUCAAGCUAUUAGUUUGUUUUUAAGUCAAAACAACUAAAAAAACACAAAUAUAAACACAAUUACACAUAACCAGGUACACACAACAAAACUGAUUCUACCCUCAGGCAGCAUCCACUUACGUGCAAGACAGAGGUGGUGAAUUGCAGGAACUGCUGCGACAUCAAGCUGCUAAUCACGCUGUUGUCCUCGCAGCAAAAAUGAAGUGGCACAACACUCAAAGCAUCACAAUGUGUUGAAAGUGUCCUAUUUAUGUCACUAGAUAAGGUUGCUUGUACCUUCAGAAGUUUUAAUGCCAUUAUGCUGUGACAGAGUGUUUUUAAAUCUCCCCGCUUUACUUUUAUCUACCUCCUUCUGUCUGUCUCAGUUUUGCACUGUGUUAUUGGAGGGCAUGUGUGCUAAAUGAUGUGCAUUUGGUGUUUCAUUAAAAAAAGCAAAAGAGUUUGUGA